CACUCCAUCGCGUCAUGUAGAGAGAUCGAGUUAAUAGUGGACCAAGGGCCUCGAACGAUUAGUAGAUUUCAGAAUCAAUAAGUGCCAUUACGUAGGAAAUUAACCACUUUUCAUUAAUUCAAACGAUGUUUUAAUAAAGAAGAACCAAGAUGAAUGUACCAAAGUCGGAUGUCAAGUAUUUACUAGCCGAGUUCUCUGAAUUGAAUUUCCAGAUUAAUAAUAUAUUGAAAUCUACUAGUCGAAUAAAGUAUACUUGUUUUGAUGUCUCGCAACAAUUUAUAAUAUUUGGUUCUACAAGUGGGGGUUUAUAUGUAUUCAAUAGAAGUCCAUGCCGCUUUCUUCAGUUAAUUCCUAAUCAGACUGGUCCUGUAACACAUUUGUCUAUAUCACAUAAUGAAGAUUGGAUUGCAUUUAGCUCUAAAAAUGGUUUAGUUUAUGUUGUUAGAAGGCGCUCCAGUAUUUUACCAGUAAUACCAGAAACCCAAAUUUCUUACGAGCAUGAAGGAAAUGGUAUAACUAGUUUGAAAUGGGAUUUUCAAAAUACGCAAUUGUUUAUCGGGGAUGAUACCGGAAGGGUUUCUGUUCUGAAUUUACAUUACAUUAUUGGUAAAAAGAUUUUGCAUUCAACAAGUUUCUUAUUACUGGAAUUAAAAAGUCCAAUUGUUCAAUUAGAUACAUCAGAAGAACUGUUACUAGUGUCUAGUAUUACAAAAACAGUUUUAUGUAAUACUCAAAGACAAAUAUUCCAGCAGGUUGGAUUGCGUGCUCGCUAUGGAAAAUUUGGUGCUUGUUUUAUGAGUUCUAAAGCUUUAGGUAGCAUUUAUUGUGCAAGGCCUGGUCAUAGGUUAUGGGAAGUCGACUUGAAUGGCAAUGUAAUAUGUACUCAUAAAUUCAGAGAUCUGUCUGUUUCGCCAAUGAGAGUAGUUAAUGCUGUAGUAGAUAAUUCAAAUAGUUCAAUUGAUGCUGUUCCUACCGACACUCGAAAACAAAACAAAAAUUUUAAUAAGCUAUUUGCAAUCAGUAACAAAUUAAUUUUAACAUAUUCAUCAGAUAUAAUUCAAAUCAUAAACCCAUCUAGUUGUGAAAUCACAUUGAGGACUGAAGACUAUUCGAAUAUCGCAAGCUGCAGGAUUUUAAAUAAUAUAUUAUAUGUUUUUACCAAAAAUGGUUCUGUUCAUGAAAUUCAUCUUAUGACAAUUGAGGAGUUGAUAGUAAAAUGCUACUACUUGCAACACUAUUGUCUUUCUUCUAGCUUAUCACAUGAACAUGAGCAGUAUUUAAUUCAGCGUAUUAAACAAGAAGCUUCAAUAUCAAAAAUACACUCCUUUGAAAAUUAUCAUUUUAAAUCUAAUAUGACUUCAAUAUUACGUAAAUUACUUAAUUAUGAUUUUCAAGAUUUAUUUAAAGAUGAUACAUUAGAUGAUGAAAUCCUUUUCAAAAGAGACAGGCGAAAACAGGUGAAACAGGAAGAAGAAUUGAACAAGAAUGACUUCAAUUUAAAUAAGGAUACCAUAAUAAAUUUAGAAAAUAAUAUUUAUGAAAAUGAUAUGAAGACAAAAAUUGUGAUGGAAAAAGCUUUACCAGAUAUUGAAACAAAUAUGGCAUCCAAUGAAGAAAAUAUGACUGAGGUUGAAACUACUGUUGGGAAUGAUUCAGUUAUCAUUAUCACUGAAGUUCAGGAAGAACAAAUUGAUGAUAUGAAUAAGAAUAUUGAGAUUCAAGAGAUUAAAGAGAAAUUUGAUACAAUUCUUACUGUAAAUGUUCAAACUAAUAUUAUACAAACUGAGAAUGAAAUCGAAAAUACUCCAAUUUUACAAGAGGAUGAAGUGAUGAAGAUAAAUGAACCAUUACUUGAUGAUUUUGCUGGUCAAGGUCAAUUUUUAAGUAGUGUAGCACUUGCGAACAGGGAUAUAAAUGAAGAAACAAAUGAUAAAAUAGAAAAAUGUGUUACAAAUAACAUUGAAAAAGACAAUAAAGAAGAUGGAUUAGAUAAUGAUUUGGAAUUUAUCCAUUUAGGUGAAGAACUGAAUGAAAUGCGAGUUGAUUUUGGUCCUGAAUCAAAUAUACCUGAUUCUUCAGUCAUGAAAUUGUUGCAUUCUGUAAUUAAAGAAACACGUGAAAGACAAUGCACAGUACCUGAAAAAUUACCUAUUUUAACUGAGUAUGACUCUUUUGGUAUUGUGAAUAUCUUCAAGAAUCUUCACAAUUAUAUCUUACAGGAAGAAGGUGGUCAGUAUGAACAAAUUGAUUAUGAAUGUAGCAAAUUAUUUUUACAGUUUGUUACAUUGCGCCUUGAUAUGUUAGAUUCCAUAGAAAAUUUUAAAGAUCAUUUAAUACAUUGCGUUGUAACAGUGGAAUCGAAUCGAAGUAAAACAUGUGUCUGUGGAUAUCCAAUGCCUCACCAAAUACUAAGACCCCUUUUCUAUGGGCUAUGUAAGAAAGUUUACAACUUACUUUCUGAUGAUUUGAACAAACGUGUUGAUUUAUGUGGAAAAAUUCCAUACUUAUGGCAUUUGAUAAUUGAUAAUGAGAAAGAUCCUUCUGUCAAUAUUUUAUCACUAAUUAUGCAGUUGGAUUAUCAGAAGGGCUUUGAUGCGUUAUCAAAAUCAUUUAGUGAAGAGGAUUACAUGAAUGUGAUAGAUUAUAAAAUCACUUUAAAUUCCAAGCGGUGUUUGCUGUGUUUUUCAAAGCUCGAGUAUGAUCUUUUUACAGAUGAAUUAACUUCAUACAAUAUCUCAUGGAAUUAUGUCGGAAACUGUAUGUAUCGUGCUUUUGGUGGAACUAAAACACUGAAUAUGUUAAUAAGUAAGUCUAAUGAGAUUCCUAAAGGUUCCAUAGAUCUGGAAUUUUAUCAUUUUUUAAUGCUCAACCCAUAAUUUUAACUGUAUAUGACUGAUAUAAAUAAUUUUAAUCAUUUAUAUGAUAUAUGCAUGUUGGACAAAUACAUAUUUUAAAUUUUCUGGGACUCAAUGUGUUCAA